AAUUAUAAAGAUAUCUGAUAGUCACUUCAAAAGAAGCUUCAAAUUGUUCGUCGUUAAUAAAAAUAAAAUGGAAAUUCAACAGGAAAAGUUGAAAUCUAAGUACUGCUGGGCAGGAAAGACUGCAACAGCAAUUAGGCCUAUUAAAAGUGGUCAAGAAAAUUCUGCUACUGGCGGCGAUUGCAUCUGCGCCCGCAAACGGGGAUUGAUAAGCUGCGUUUGUUGCCAGAAGUCUUUUAUGGGUCGUAUCGCAAGUCGCUGUCCACAACAUCCUGAAGUCGCAUAUCUAAUGGACUCCCGUAAUUGCGCUUUCUGUGGAGCAGCCGCAAAAUAUCUGCAAAUUGAUGAAGUAUAGUAAAAUUUCUACCGUUGCAAUGUUGUUGACGACAAAUUUGAGAAUCUUGCAGCUAAUAUACUGAUUACUUAUGAUGCAUAAACAAAGAAAUGCAGAAAUAAAUAAAUACGAAAU